CAGUAACCUCGAUCCUAACCUCUCCAAGCCCCGCCCCUCGCAAACACUGCAACAAGUGUAUUCAAGAUGCUCGCCAGCCCAGUCCUCCAAGAAAGACCUCCUUUUACUGAAAUCAUCAGCGAAAUUAUGAGCUUUUCUUGAGAAACCGCGGAAGAUAUCGAAUGAGUCAGUAUUCGUCGUGUGCACUUGUUUGACUACAAUCAGGUUUUGCCGGUUGGUGGAAGCGAAAUCAAAAACCGCAGAGCUUGCGCAAUUUAGAAGUUGAUCAGGGGACUCGUGAGCUAGCUCAAGCUGCUAUCCCAGUGUGUUUAAGAAGUCAGCCAGCCAUUUGUCUCAAUAUGUUGCGGGGUAACUAGUUAGCGGGGGCAGGCGCACUUGUCGUGGUGUUUUGUACCCGACAUGUUCUUGCCAGAGGACGAGGAGUGCGAGGCAGCAAACCGUUGGACCUCAAAGAAACCCAGGCUAUUUCACUAUGGCUAAACAACAAAAACAGCUGUUCUGUUGAUGUGAGAAAAAAAGUCGGGAGGAGAACAUCACCGACUAUGAGCAGGGCAGAGCAAAAGGACAGGGUCUUGUCCACAAGUGAAGACCCUCUCGUGUGCCUCCGCAGCUCUAAAGCUGACCCGCUGAUUCGAAGUCGACCCCUCAGUGAUAUAUACCCACUCCACAGUCAUGCUGACAAAAGUGCACUCCCUUAUCUGCUGUCAGAGUGUGGUGCCCAAGUACAGCCGGUGACUGCAGGUCCAGAUGAAAACAGACUGAAUGACAUCAACUCCUCUGCCUGGUCCAACCCUGUUUUAGGUCAACCUGAGGGAAAGCCUUACUCUGCAAAAAUUAUGAAGCUUUUUUCUAACUCAAAGAAGGGCCCUGUACCUGCUCAUAGUGCAACUGCUGACAGUUCCUCCUCAACCAAUAGCAGCAGCAGCAACAGUGGCCCACAGACCUGGUCAGGACUUCCAGGACUGGGUGUUGUGGACUCCUUCAAAAAACUCCGCUCCUCUGUUCUCCAGGGUAUACAGAGCAGAGGGGCCUCCUCCAGCGAUGGAGAGCAUGUCUCUUUAUCGAAUCAGGAAAUGGCUAAUGGCAUCGUUGUGGCCAACAUGAACCCUGGUCUAAAUGAUGCAACCAAUCAUUGUGUUUCUAAUGGAAAUUUUACUGACCCAAAGUUGGCUUUGAUGAGCCAAUGUGGAUCAGAUAUUGAGGACUAUGACUAUGACGAUGAAAAUGAUGAAGGGGAUGGUCUUACGCGCAAUACGCGAUUCUCCAGGAGUAUCAGGAAAGCAUAUGGACCUGGACGCAUCACCUUACUUGACACAGGGAAUGGGAGAUUAACGGGAACAAGCACAAAUGAAGUAAAAGGCAGUCAGAAACCUGAUCUGACAUUCGAGGUGAAUGCCCAAACGGAUAAUGUGAAUGAGAAUACAAAUGUGAAGGUCCUGAGCAGACUGAGCAAAAGUGCAGAAAAUCUUCAUAUAUUUAAGGUACCUUUUAGACGCAAAGCCCCAUCUCCAGGACCUCCUUCACCUAAGGAAGACCCCCAGAGGACUAGCACAUCAAAUGGGACUCCAGGCAUUCAGAGGACAGCCAGUGCCUCCUCAGUGGACCUCCGGGGGCAUGCUGUUAGCCGCAGAAAGAGCCCUGUGAAGACCAAGGGGCCAAUGCUAAAGCUAGUAGGCAGCAUGACAGACCUGACGGUCCGACACAGGAGGAGUCCCUCCCCGAGCCCAACCUCUCCGUCUCUUAUGUCACCCCUGAGCCGCCUCCAUGAUGACUACUCCCGCCGUGUGCCUUGCCAAACAACCAGUGAAAGACAGCGUCGGCCCUCACCCAUUAGAGCUCGGGUCCUGUCUGCGGGACACACCCCUCUGGUUCAUCCACAGCCCGAAUUCCCACAGCAGCACCAGGUCCUCAUCAACCCAAUUUCUGUGGAGCCCCCAGAGAGCGCAGGUCUGAUUUCACCUGGUAUCUCUGCUCAUUAUGAAUCGCUGACUUCAGCCGCAACAAGUGCAGCAGAAAGCGAUUCAUCUCCACUCAGCCAAAAAGAGCCUUCACAACAGCAAGAACAGACUGACGCCAGCGUGCUGCCAAACCAGGCGACAUCAGACCAACAAGGGAAAGAAGCACUUCUCCAAACAGAGGAUGUCUCUCCGACAACCGCCAGCAUCUCUCCUAUCUCUUCAGAGUCACCCACAUCGCCCACAGAUGCAGCCCCGUCUCCUUCCACAGAAAUAUCCCCAAUCAAGCCCAGGCGAAGGAGCGGGCGCCCGAGACCUCGGCCCAUCUCCGACUACGGGCAGCUCAUUUCUAGGAAGCACUUCAUUCCCGAGGAAGUGGCAGAACUGCGUGGUGAAGGAAGGAUAGCAAAUGCGUUAUUGCAUAAAGACUGCAGCGGUGACGACACGUGUGGGGAUGGAGAGAGCCCUGAGAGCUGCAGUGUGAAUGGAGACGUUCAGAGCACCAGACAGCAGCGGCCAGUCUCAGUGAUAGGCGUGGAUCUGUUCUCUCCUGAUGCUGAGGAGAGAGACGACCGCCUUCCUUCUCCCUUGUCGAGGCCGCCCAUCCCCUCCCACGAGGUACCCCCUUACAAAGCAGUGUCAGCCAGGUUUCGCCCCUCCACCUUCUCCCAGAGCACCCCCAUCGGACUGGACCGCGUUGGACGCCGCAAGCUCCACCGAGUGCUCAGCGAUGGUAUGUCUGAGUGCUUGGCAACACUUGAUGACAGCGUGAGUGAGGAGGAGGAGGGGGGCAGCUUUGAUGAGCUCACUGAUGUCACGCCCUACCUCCAGUCGGGGGUGGAGCUCUCCGUGCUCAACGAGUGGAUAAGCUCUGGCCACGCGGUGUAUGCUGAGGCUCUCUGGGACCAUGUGACCAUGGAGGAGCAGGAGCUGGCCUUCAAAGCUGGCGAUGUUAUCCGUGUUCUGGAUGCCUCUCACAAUGACUGGUGGUGGGGCAGGGGGGCUGACAGGGAGGCCUGGUUCCCCUCCAGCUUUGUGAGGGUGCGAGUGAACCAGGAGGACUCGAGUGCAGAAAGCGUGGAGAGUGUAGCAGACCAGGAGGAUCUAACUCCCAGGGACACACACAGCACUCAGCACAAGGAGCAGAUGAGAACCAAUGUGGUUCAGGAAAUCAUGAAUACUGAACGCAUCUACAUCAAGCACCUAAAGGACAUCUGUGAUGGUUACAUUCGUCAGUGCCGUAAACACGCGGACAUGUUCACUGAGCAGCAGUUGAAGACCAUCUUCAGCAACAUAGAGGACCUCUACAGGUUUCAGAGGCAGUUUCUCAAAGACCUGGAGAAGAAGUACAACAAAGACCAACCACAUCUCAGUGAAAUAGGCUCUUGUUUUCUCAUGCAGGGAGAAGGCUUCUCCAUCUACUCAGAUUACUGUAACACUCAUCCAGCAGCUUGUGCUGAGCUGCAGCGCCUCAUGAAGUUGGGCAAAUACAAGCAUUUCUUCGAGGCCUGCCGGCUCCUCCAACAGAUGAUCAACAUUUCCAUCGCAGGUUUCUUGCUCACACCAGUCCAGAAGAUCUGUAAAUACCCCCUGCAGCUGGGAGAAUUGCUCAAAUACACCCCCAAAGACCACAGUGACUAUAGCAGCGUGAGUAAAGCGCAUGAAGCCAUGAAGAAUGUGGCCAGUCUGAUAAAUGAGCGGAAGAGGCGGCUGGAGAGCAUUGACACCAUCGCUCACUGGCAGGUGGCCAUUCUGCACUGGGAGGGGUCCAACGUGCUGGAGCGCAGCUCAGAGCUGAUCCACUCUGGUGAACUGACUCGCAUCGUCCGACAAGGUAAAAUACAGCAGCGCAGCUUCUUUCUGUUUGACCACCAGCUGGUCUUCUGUAAGAAAGACGUCCUGCGCAGAGACUUGCUCCACUACCGUGGACGGCUGGAUAUGGACCAGACCGAGGUGGUGGACGUGCCCGACGGACGGGACUCAGACCUGGGCCUGACCCUGAGGAAUGCUCUGCGUCUGCGCAACGCCUCCACUCUGGAGUUUGUGUGUGUGCUGUGCUGCAGGAAGGCCGAGGACAAGCAGAGGUGGUUACAGGCCUUUGCCAAGGAGAGAUACAGAGUCAAGGAGGACCAAGAAAUGGGAAUGGAGAUCAGUGAAGAGCAAAGAAAACAGGCCAUUGUUAAUGCCAGACGAGCAAAACAGGGGAAGAGUAAAACCAUUGGUUACUCUGGCCCACCACACCACCAAAACCUUCACCCACUUCACCAGCGUCACGUCACCAUUCCAACCAGCGUGCCUCAGCAGCAGGUCUUUUCGCUGGCCGAGCCCCCGAAACGAAAACCUUACCACCUGUUGUACAGCAUCACCCGCAACGCCUUUUUCAGGAAAUGAGGAUUUUGCUCCUGCGUCCUUUUUUUUCCCCCUCCUUAAAGUGUGCAUGUUCACAGCCUGCACAAACCGUCCUGAAGACUCAAAGAACACUUUAUUUUUUUCCUGUGUUUUCAUGCCUGUGAAUGUCAAGUUCUGUUUUUGUGCCUCACGUCUUUCUCAGCGUGUCUGUUUUUGUUUUUGUCGCAUGUUGAAGUUUAGUGCCUACGAUCUGCAAAGGGGCAUGACUAAAGUGUUAAAAUACUGACUCUGUCCAUUUUGUUGCUCUGUUUAAGAUGCUGCUCACUCAAGAGACUCCCACCCCUUUGUCUUAUUAAUUCCAGCUGAAAGAUACUCUUGUAUUGAUUAUGACAACGAUGUGUAUUCUGCUUUUGCAUUGACAAACAUGGUUUUAGUGUAUUUCACAAAGGCUGGACCCUUUUUUUGCUGUGCGUCUGUCAGCUCUGAGCACAAAAGAGCCAGAGGAUAAAUUAACUGAGACCUCCAUCUUCCCUGUUAACACUGUAAAUAAAACUCUUGUACAAACAUA